AUGAGAGUGAUGGUUGAUGGUCGGCAGCUACACCAUUUGCACUUUGCUGAUGACAUUGUAUUGAUGACACCUACGAUCAGCCAGGCGGAACGAAUGCUGACCGUGUUCCAAACAUGUGGAUGUAUCGGUCUUCAGCUGAAUCUACAAAAGACGAUGUUCAUGCGGAACGGAUGGAUCUCGGAUGCCCCAUUCACGCUCAACGAAACGAAUAUAUCCGAAUGCACCAGCUACGUUUAUCUGGGUCGGGAGCUGAAUAUGAUGAACGACCUGACCCAUGAGCUGGGCAGGAGGAGACGAGCGGAGUGGGGAGUGUAUAAGAGCAUCGAGAAUGUAGUGAAGAAGACCAGAAACAUCCGGCUUCGUGCUCACCUCUUCAACACCACCGCACUUCCUGCUAUGACCUAUACUUCGGAAACCUGGGUAUUUCGCAAGGGGGAAGAAAAUGCGGUGAGCGUCAUUGAAUGCGCAACUGAGAGAGUGAUGCUAGGAGUAUCCCGCUUCACGCAAGUGAAGGACGGGAUUCGAAGUUCUCCCUUAUGUGAGCGAUCGAAGAUUAGACGCCGCCAUGUUUGCCAAAGGAAGUAA